GGCUGGCUGCAAGCGAAUACUAUUCCGAGUAAUGAAAAUAUCUAAAAAUAUAAAUAAUCCUAUUGACAAGUACAAUUUAAUAAGUAUAAUAAUACAAGACGAAAAAAAAUAUGGUACAUGCGUAUAUACAGCCAUACAGCUUCACAAUUACAACUAGCUAUACAUUUUUGUAUCAUUACAUUAGCACGGCAACUGGACAACCCAGUGUUACUCAUUAGUAGCUCAGUGUAACGUCUAAUUCUAGUGAUACGUGUAACUCCGUAGGUACAGUCAGAACAAUGAUGAAGUCAGUGUAUAUCGCCUUCGGAGUGGUCGUCGGCGCUGCAAUGGUCGCAGGGGGCGUGGCGUGGGCGAUCAUCGCUUGGCGGGGCUCCGGUCCGGGCGCGCCGCCGCCGCCGCCGCGGGGCUGGUGGGAGACCGCCGACCUCUACCAGAUCUACCCUCGCUCCUUCAAGGAUAGCGACGGGGAUGGCGUCGGGGAUUUACCAGGUAUCACCAGCAAGCUGGAGCACCUGGUGGAGGCGGGCGCGGGCGCGGCCUGGCUCUCCCCGGUGUUCCAGUCUCCAAUGGUGGACGCCGGGUAUGACGUCAGCGACUUUUACAGCAUCCACGAGGAGUAUGGAAAGAUGGAAGACUUCGAACAGCUGGUCCGCCGCGCCCAUGAGUUGGGGCUGAAAGUAUUGCUAGACUUCGUGCCAAACCACGCUAGCACUGAGUCUCAAUACUUCAAGGACUCUGAAGACAGGGUGGAAGGGUUCGAAGACUUCUUCGUGUGGGCCGACGGCCUCCACGACCCUGAGAACGAAUCCAAUAUUCUUCCACCUUCUAAUUGGGUGAGUCAAUUCGGUGGUUCAGCCUGGCAGUGGAGCGAGAAACGUGGCCAGUUCUACCUGCACCAGUUCUCCGUCCAGCAGGCAGACUUCAACUUCCGCAGCCCAGCGGUCCGUGAUGAAAUGCUCCAGAUCAUGAGAUUCUGGCUAGACAAGGGAGCAGACGGGUUCCGCAUAGAUGGCCUGCCCUACUUGAUGGAGGCCAACCCUGCUGACCAUGGAGGUCGCUACCCUGACGACCCGUUAUGUGGGAGAAAAGAGUUCGGGCCAAAUCAAUUAGGAUAUACGGUUCCAUUGUACACAAAGGACUUGAUUGAGUUGUACGACAUCGUUUAUGAUUGGAGGGAGUUUGUGGAUAAUUAUCAGAGGGAGAAUGGUGGAGACACCAGGGUAAUCUUGACGGAGGGCUACACCAACAUCUCGAUGACGAUGCAGUACUACGGUUAUGGGGGGCGGCUCGGGGCGCACUUCCCCUUCAACUUCGGCUUCAUCACGGACUUGACCCGAGGGUUCAGUGCCCCGGACCUGGUCUACUGCGUGCUGAAGUGGCUCACGUAUAUGCCGCGAGGGGCCGUGGCUAACUGGGUGUUGGGCAACCACGACAACAGCCGCGUGGCGUCCCGCCUCCGCCCUGCCUUGGUGGACGGUCUGAACGCCCUGACCGCUCUGUUGCCCGGCGCCAGCGUCACCUACCAGGGGGAGGAGCUCGGCAUGAGGGAUGGACGCGUGUCCUGGAGACAGACGGUGGAUGUGGAGGCCUGUAGCAGGGGAAAUGAGCAGACUUAUCAGUUGUAUUCGAGAGACCCGGCCCGCACCCCGUUCCACUGGGACGGCGGCCCCAGCGCCGGGUUCUCGUCCAACGCCAGCACGUGGCUGCCGGUGGCGUCGGACCACCGCGAGAUCAACCUCGAGCGCCAGAAGAAGGAACCCAGGAGCCACUUUAAGGUCUUCCAAGCCCUGAAGGCUCUUCGCAAGCGACCGACACUGACCCACGGAGACUACAUCGUGGAAGCCCUUUCAGACAAGACCCUGGUGGUGGUCCGGCACCUCGCACCGCUGGACUCCUUCACACUGGUGUUCAACGUGGCAGGUUCAUCAGAUACAGUCCACACUGACUGGAUCAGGAGUCUGAAGCUGCCCGCCACGGUCUAUGUAACCAGUUUGAGCUCGAAAAGAAAUGCCGGGGACGUGAUCUCUCCUGGUCCCCUGGAGCUGCAGGCGGGGGAGGCGCUGGUGCUGCAGGCCUCCUCACUCGUCAGCUACGGGCACAAGUUGUCUUAGUCACUGAGUGGGUAGGCAAAGCCAUGUUGAUAGUUAUGUAGAGCUACUUGUGAGAGCAGUCCCAUGAAACGAACGAAUUAUUUUUAAAUAAAGAAGAAGUACUUCUAUGAUUUACCGGUCUAGGAUUUAGCUAAAUAUUUAAUUUCUUGUACACAUAUUAUAUUAAUCACGUAUAUUUUUUGAAAAGCGUCAUAAAUAAAAUAUUAUGACUUUUUAUUAAGCUUAGUGAUACAUUAUACCUAAUUAAAUAAGACAAAGUAGCCGGGAAACAGGGCCGAGAUCGUAUCAAACAUAAACCGGCCAUCCCUAAGAGGGUUUAAUGAGAAUCUAUUUAUAAAACAUGAGAAUAACCCUCA